AUGACAAAGAUCGUUGCGAUUCUUCUCUGGACGGUCUUCGCCGUCCCCACCGCCCCCUACCUCCCUUUUGCCGUCUUGUCCGUCGCCUUCGUGAUCGGAAUGUUUCUCGCCACGGCGGCCUGUCUCGUCGGUCUCUGGAUGGUGCUCUACGGCUUGGGCUGGGCAUACAAGUGGCUGGACGAGCACUGGGACGGGUUCCAGAGCUGGGUCAACCUGGUGAAGUUUUUGCUCUGGGCCUUUGUGUUGGUGGGUGGUUCUCUCUGGGUGGUGGUCGGUUCCAUUUGGUUGCUCGUUGCGGUGGUGGCGACCAUUUGGAACAUGUUCCGGUGA